AUGGGCGAAACAACAUCACUCACCACCAGAUUUGCACAGGAGGCCUUUGGGAAGCAGUACAAACAAACCAUCGGCCUGGAUUUCUUUCUGAAGAGAAUAAGCCUUCCAGGCAAUUUGAAUGUGACCCUACAAGUGUGGGACAUUGGAGGCCAAACAUUAGGGGGCAAGAUGCUGGAUAAAUAUGUAUACGGAGCUCAUGGUGUUCUUUUAGUAUAUGACAUCACAAACUACCAGAGCUUUGAGAACCUGGAGGAUUGGUUCAGCAUGGUGAAGAAGGCAAAUGAAGAAUCUGAUAUCCAGCCUGUUGUCUUCUUGGUGGGCAACAAAAUUGACCUGGAGCACAUGAGGACCAUAAAGGCAGACAAACACCAGCGCCUCUGCCAGGAGAACGGCCUCAUCAGUCAGUUCGUAUCGGCCAAGACGGGGGAUUCGGUUUAUCUGUGUUUCCAACGAGUAGCAGCUGAAAUUCUUGGUAUCAAGCUAAAUAAAGCAGAAAUAGAACAGUCCCAGCGCGUUGUGAAGGCGGACAUCGUGAACUACAGUCAGGACACGGUAGCCAGGACAGCCAACACGCCUCGAAGCUCCAUGUGUGUGCUUCAGUGAUCCUCAAGCACAAAAACACACACAUUAAAAUGUAAAAUCGAUCGUCUUCACGCAGUAUUAGAACUUUGAGUGAACUGGAGGAGAAAGUAUUUGGAGCAAGGUUUCUGUGUUCCUGUGUGUCAGUUGUAUUGCUGGGAUGAAGAACAGACUGCGUGGCUCCGAGGCCUUGGCAUGUAGUUCGGAUAUUUAGCAGGAAUUAGUUCUUGGGUGGUUCACCAAAAAAAAAAAAAAAAAAAAAAAAAGGACCUCAGUUUUUUAAGUUUAUGUGCAGCUAUCAAUUUCUUCUACACCUUUAAAGCUAUUACCUGAUUUAUACCUUAGGGUGAAGCUGGUAAUUUAAAGGAGCAACGUAGAAACUGAAAACAAUGUUAUAGAAACGUUUUUUUUUUUUGUUUUUUUUUUUGCUUUACCUUUUAGUUUGAUAGUCUGCAUAUUUCAGCUUUAAUAUACUUUCUGUUUGUUUUUUUUAUUGAAAAUUGCAAAUAAAGGACAGGCAGAGGUAAAAUCUAUAUCUUUCAUACUUUUAUUGAGAUCUUUACAUCUAUAUGUGCUGUUUACUUGCAAACCAAAACGGUAGAGUGAAAAUGCUGCUGUUACUGAAAUAAAACAAUUAGGUGAUUGCUUGCUCAGUGUAAACAGUAUGCUGUUAUUUCACUUAGACAUUCCAAGAUUUAUUCUUAAAUAUUUAUUUCUCCUGAUCCAACAAUAAGUUACAACCUGCAAAGUAGUUCUGUCCAAUUUGUUUUAGUUGACUGGAUUUUAGUGAUUCAGUUCUUCUUAUAAUUUUAUAUUUCCACUCUCAUUUUGUUAGUUGUUGAAACAUUGAAAUCCUAAAACAAAUAUCUGAGUAUAUCUGAGUCAUUUAAGCUUUUUUUAGAUUAGUAGUUGGACUUUCAGUUGUAAAAUAAAUAUUCCUGUUGGAGAAUGGCAAUGAUGCCAAAGGUCUUAAUUUUGCUGAUUUAAAUGCUUGUUCUUUAGCUUGUCUGUCCCUUAAAUAUGCUCAGUUUUAAAUGUCUUCUUUCCCAAUCAGCUUCCACAUGAUGCUAUUAUGUCAGCAUGCUGUUGAAACUUGAAACUGCAUUGUUGAUUUCUGUUUAUUGGUACAGUAACUCAUCUAAGUAGUCAGAGAAGAUUCUGCAAAUGCUGAAUAUGUAAACAAAAUGUGCUUUUUGAGAAUGUAGAGCUCUAUAUAUUGUAAAGCAAGAAAGAUUUGUUUGAAAAUAAAAAGUGCAACAUGGAAA